CCAAUUCUCUCACAAAUCUCAAAAACUCCAUUUUCUCUCACUCGUUUCAACAAUGGCGCCUGAAGUUCAGUUUCCUUGCGACGGAGACGGUGUAUGUAUGCGGUGCAAGGUGAAACCUCCGUCAGAAGAGACACUCACGUGUGGCACGUGCGUCACGCCUUGGCACGUGUCGUGUCUUCUUCCUGAAUCACUCUCUUCUUCCACUGGAGAGUGGCAGUGUCCCGAUUGUUCCGGCGAUGUCGUUCCCUCCGCCGCUCCGGUUACCGGAAACGCUGGAUUUGAAUCAUCCGGUUCAGUUCUCGUGGCAGCGAUCCGUGCGAUUCAGGCUGAUGUGACUUUGACGGAAGCUGAGAAAGCCAAAAGGAGGCAGAAACUGAUGAGUGGUGAUGGUGACGAUCGUCUCGAUGAAGAAGACAAAAAGAAGUUAGAAAUCUUUUGUUCUAUUUGCAUUCAAUUGCCAGAAAGACCUAUCACGACACCGUGUGGGCACAACUUCUGCUUGAGAUGUUUCGAGAAAUGGGUAGGUCAAGGGAAGCUAACUUGUAUGACAUGCCGAAGCAAAAUUCCGAAAAAUGUGGCGCAAAAUCCUCGCAUCAACUUAGCUCUAGUCUCUGCUAUUCGUUUAGCAAAUGUUACCAAAUGUUCUGUUGAGGCAACUGCGGCCAAAGUUCAUCAUAUUAUCCGCAACCAAGAUCGUCCUGAGAAAGCCUUUACUACCGACCGGGCUAAAAAGACUGGGAAAGCUAAUGCUGCUAGCGGAAGGAUUUAUGUCACAAUACCUGGUGAUCAUUUUGGUCCCAUACCAGCUGAAAAUGAUCCCACUAGGAACCAAGGUGUUUUGGUUGGAGAAUCUUGGGAGGACAGGCAAGAAUGUAGGCAGUGGGGAGCUCAUUUCCCGCAUAUUGCUGGCAUUGCGGGGCAAUCAGCUGUUGGAGCUCAGUCUGUGGCGCUCUCUGGAGGUUAUGAGGAUGAUGAGGAUCAUGGUGAAUGGUUUCUCUACACAGGAAGUGGUGGAAGGGAUCUCGGAGGAAACAAAAGAACUAACAAGAUACAGUCUUCUGACCAGUCGUUUGCAAAAAUGAAUGAAGCUCUAAGACUUAGUUGCAAAAUGGGCUAUCCUGUCCGAGUUGUCAGGUCUCACAAGGAGAAGCGUUCUGCAUAUGCCCCUAAGGAAGGAGUGAGAUACGAUGGGGUCUACAGAAUCGAGAAGUGUUGGAGCAAUGUUGGAAUACAGGGUUCUUAUAAGGUCUGUCGUUACCUGUUUGUUAGAUGUGACAAUGAGCCAGCUCCAUGGACCAGUGAUGAGCAUGGCGAUCGUCCAAGACCUUUGCCUAAUAUUCCAGAGCUUAAGAAAGCUACUGACCUGUUUGUGAGAAAGGAGAGUCCAUCAUGGGAUUUUGAUGAAGCUGAGGGUCGUUGGAAAUGGAUGAAGUCUCCACCUGUUAGCAGAAAGGCUGUUGCUGCUUUGGAUCCUGAGGAGAGGAAGAUCAUUAGGAAAGCAAAAAACGGAAAUAACAGACUUCUGAAAGAAUUCGGUUGCCAAAUCUGUAAGAAAGUGCUGAGUCUUCCAGUGACCACGCCUUGUGGUCACAACUUCUGUAAAGCAUGCCUGGAAGCUAAAUUUGCUGGUAUCUCUCAAGUGAGAGAGAGAAGUAGAGGCGGGCGCACACUACGUGCAAAGAAGAACAUAAUGACCUGUCCGUGCUGCACUACCGACCUCUCCGACUUUCUUCAAAACCCGCAGGUGAAUAGAGAAAUGAUGGAAGUUAUCGAAAAUCUGAAGAAGAAAGAGGAAGAGGCUGAAUCAAGCAAAGACACUGCAGAGUCUUCUGGAGGAAACAACGCUGAGUCUGAGGAAGAAGAAGAAGGAACUCAGACUGUGUCUGAAGUUGAACCACCAACGAAGAGGAUCAAAUUGGUUGAUACAGUUGCAGCAGCAGCCAGUGACUGUGUUGGAAAGUAAACAGAAGACUUUUUAUGCAGUCGGGUAAGAGAUAAGAAUAUAAUAACUCUCUCAAGCUUAAGGACUUCUGUAGUCUUUUUGUAAUAUUCUGCAAACGUUUGUGGAAUGCUUUGCAACUUAUUGUUUUGGCUUUUAUUCUAAAACUUAGUCAAAUUCUCGUAUCUUUUCUUUCAAUAUAAAUAUAAACUUAAU